UCCAAGCCAAAAGGUUGUGUGCCUCGCAACAGCAAAGUCGACAGGAGCAACAGCAACAGCAACACACGGCAACCACGGCAGCAACAUCAACAGUUCAACACUCACUCAGAGGAGCAACAUGCGAGUCGCAUGCUGCAAGUAGCGAACGUGCAACAAGUCAAAGGACAAUACGCCUUCCAAUUGCUUUUUUUUUGAAAGUGCCAAAAAAAAUGUGUGUUUUUGUGUCGAAUUCCAAUUCCAAUCCAUGCCCAACAGUAUUUGUUUGUCGUGAACCGAAAUCAAUGCAAUAGUUAUCCGAGCACCCGUCGAACCACUCAAAUUACCUGAGAGAGCAGCCACUGAAGUACAAGAAAACCACACAGAACUACCUACCUGAUAUACUCUACUUCUACUCUACUCACCUGAAAGCCAAUUAAGCCAUUAAAGCCAUACUCUGAGGACCUGAAAAGCAACAGAUGCUUUAACCCCAAAAAACAAAGCCGAAAAGCAGAAAGCAGAACAAAGAAAGAAAAACCGCAGAUGCCAAGGCAAUUUUAAAUGCCAAAACGCAGGGAGAAGAAAGCCUAAGCCGAAAAGGUAACCAAAACCGAGGAAACCAAGUUCAAACGAGGCCGAAAACCAGUUAAGAAGAUAAAAUCAUUGUAUCUCUGUGUCUCUGUGUGUGUAGCAAACCCAUCAGAACCCCACUCCAAAAAUAAAAAUAAAACCAACCCCAGCCCCAGCCCCACAAAAUAUUCAAAGAAUACAAAAAAAUACAAACCCAAUCAUCGCACUUUCGGCUAGCCGAAAACCCCAUUUAACUCGAAGGCGACAUCGAAAUCGGUGGCAACGGAGGAGAUAUAGCCACCUGAAACGAGGGAUCGCCGCAGGAGCGGCUGUCGCAGAAGGAUACCGCUCAGUUUCGAGGACCGGCGGGCGCUGCCACAGAAACCAGAACAUGCGCCAUGUCAAAACUGCGGCAUUACCGGUCCAUGGAUCAGCCGUGCAGCAGCACCUGCGUGGUCAUACGCAAAAAGACGAUGACAGCCAUUUGCUUCGUGUGCAACCUGCCCAUCAUGUCGCACCAAGUGGGUUUGGUGUGGCAAGGCGGCAACGGCUGGGACGAUCUUGUGCGCGAGCAGUUGGAGGAGUCCACGAUUCGGCAGCGCUUGGGUGGCAGGCGGGACUCGGCGGCACAGAUCACCACACCGCCGAGCACCUCGCCGCCGCCGGGAUUGCAGCGACGGAGGCGCAGCUCGCUGGCCCAGCUGACGGACAUCCUGCGCGAGUGGAGCGGCGGCACCAAGCAGCAGCAGCACCACCAGCAGCAGCAGCAGCAACAGCAGCUGCAGCAGGCGUCCCGCUCGAAGGCGCAGCUCAAUCGCCGCGAAACGCUGGCGGACCUGGCGCGCAGUCUCCCCUGGCGCACCUCCACCACCACGGACGCCAGCACGGGAGCGGGUGGCUCCGGCUCCGGUGGGGCAUGCAGCAGCUACAUUGCGCCGCGGAAGCGGAGGGAGUCCUCGGCGGACUCGGGCAUCCGGAGCAUGCGCUCGCGAAGGGACUCCAACACCGCCGAGUUCGUGCGCCACUGGAACCGACGCGAGAGCGGGGCAGUUGAGGAUCCGCCCAGCAGCUCCGUCGCCGUGCCCGUCGUCGUCGAGUGCUCUAAAAGCGCCUCCCGGCGCGGAUCCGGUGAGAGCUACCUGUCCGGCAGUCGGCGCGAUAGCAACGUGGCCGGGCGGGUGACCACGCCCCCGCCGCCCGGCAAGUACCAGAUGGCCAAGAAGCGGGACUCGCUGGCCGCGCCGGAAUUCCCCAACUUCCGGCAGGAGCAGCGACCGUCGACCAGUUCAGCGGGCUCCUGCUCGGACCACUCCAUGCCCCCCGAUUCGAUAUCGACGCACUCGCAUUCGCAGUCGCAGCACUCGAGCACUCACCACCUGGCCAAUGUGGCCGCCAUCCACCAGCAGGUGGACACCGCCUGCCAGGCACUGCCGCCGCCGACGAUCAUCACCAGCUCGGUGACGCCGCCGGCGACCAGUCCGACGGCACCGAAGGGUCGCCGCGACUCGCAGACGCAGUGCGGCCGGGUCAAUCGGCGCGACUCGAAGGCGGGCGUCAGUCCGGAGCGGGCGCCGCGCCUCCAGCGGCUGCAGCGCCAGGCGACCGCCUUCGAUGAGGGCUGCCUGCCCGGUGGCAGUAGGCGUGGCUCGCAGCCCGCCCUCAGUCCGGAUCCGCCGGACGACUGCGAGCGGCGCACCUCGCGGCGGGACUCCUUGUCGCCGGACAGCGCCUCGCGCGGCGGCCGCCGGGACUCGCGCACCCACCUCUCGCCGGACCGAUCGCACGAGCGGGACGGCAGUCCGCGGCGGCACACGCUCCGGCGGCAGAGCAGCUCCGCUGCCCGUUCGCCCCGGUCGCCGGACUCGAACAGCUGCUGCUCGUCGCGGGAUCCGAGUCCCUGCUCCCGCCCGCAAACGCAAACGACCGUCGAGCAGAACCAGCGGCCGGCCAUCCGGCGGCAGUCCACCACCGAGGAGAUCCUCAUCGCCCGCGGCUUCCGGCGGCAGUCGACCACCGAGGAGAUGAUCCGCUGCCGCAACUUCCGGCGACAGAGCUCCCAGAGCGACGACGUCUGUCGAUAUCGAGGCCGGCGCGACUCCUCGGCGCAGAUAAUCGACGGAACCAUCGGGACGAUGACCGUGGAGACAACCAGUACUUUCUUCGACUCCAGCACACAGACAGAACCAUCGCCGCUGUACGACAACAAUCACUAUCAUGAGGAGUGCCUGCGCUGCAAUUCCUGCGGCCUGAAUUUGACGGGGCCCAAUCAAAAGAGGGCCAGGAGAUUCAAGAACCAGAUCCUGUGCGACCUGCAUUUCGCGGACGUGGCCCUAAUGGAGUGCUCCGAUUUCAUGCAGCAGCUGCGGAGCUUCAAGCCGCAAUCCUUGGGCUGCGCGGUGGCCAGGCGCAAAAGUUCCACCACGCUGAUAUUCCCGCUUCCACCGCAAGCUUGCUCAGAUGAGUUCUGCGAGGAGUAUCCGCACAACCUGAUGCCAACGCCUGGCUAUUGGAUCGAGUGCUCCCGCCAGAAGAUCUCUAUGCCCACCCCGCAUACGAUUUGGGAUGAGAGCGACUCGGAGCACGAGGACAUCCGGGCAGGAAGCGCCAGCGAUGCCUACUUGGAGCGCGAGUGCAGCGAUCUCUACGAGGACGACGAGGACUCCGAGGCAACGCCAAGUCCGCGCAAGAAAACCACAAUUGAGGAGCAGUGGGACCAGCAGGGCGCCUUCGAACUCAUCUCCGUGGAGCAGGAGACGUACGAGAAGUACUUCUACGGCACCGAGCACUGGAACUACUUCACCAGCGACGAGGACCUGGGUCCAGUGAUCCUCUCCAUCAAGCAGGAGACGCUCAACGGACGGGACCAGUUCCGCAUUCUGGUGCGGGCUGGGUCCUACACGGUGCAUGGACUGAUACCGGCCUCCUGUGUGUUUGCCGAUAGAUAUAAUCGCGAGGAGGUAGUUAGAUCUUUAGGUAAAGAAGUUAAUUUAAAUCCACCUUUAACGUUAGGACAAUUACCCGACACGCCGGAGGAAUUAUUAAAAUUAGAUCAGGUUUUUAUAAAAUCAGAAUUAAAAGUUGGCGUCAUAUUUGUCAAAGAGGAUCAGUAUACCGAAGAGCAAAUUCUGGACAAUAAUGAAAAUUCACCGCUCUUCGACGAAUUCCUCACGCUGCUCGGCGAUCGAGUUCGGUUGCGGGGAUUCGAUAAAUACAAAGGUGGCCUUGAUACGGUGCACGACCUAACAGGUCUCUUCUCCGUGUACACAAACUGGCGCAACAUCGAGAUCAUGUUCCAUGUCUCCACAUUGCUGCCCUACGAGAAGCACGAUCCGCAGAAGCUGCAGCGGAAGCGGCAUAUAGGCAACGAUAUCGUCUGCGUCGUCUUCCUGGAGGCGGAUAACACGCGAUUCAGUCCCGCCUGCAUCAAGAGCCACUUCCUGCACACCUUCAUCCUGGUUCGUGUUUCGGCCAGGAUCAAGCACAAGCCGACGCGGUAUGAAGUUUCCGUGGUGACCCGCGACGAGGUGGGUGCCUACAAGCCCUACCUGUGGGAGCAGUCCGUCUUCGAGAAGGGGCCCAUGUUCCGGGAAUGGCUGCUGACGAAGAUCGUGAAUGGGGAGAGGGCCUCCUACUCGGCACCGAAGUUCGCCAGGAUGCAGGAGCGGACGCGAUCGCAGAUGCUCGAGGAUCUGGUGAUGAACCUGUCGAAUCACGCGGAAACCGGACAGAUACCGAAGCCAUAUAGACGCGGCAGCUGGCGACCGAUCGGCCACAUGAGACCCUCAUCGCCACUUCUGGAUUCCGUUCGCGAUCAAUUCGAGGACUACGACCAGCUGGCCAAGGACUUCACCCGCGUAUUUCUGAACGAGGAGCCAUCGUGCCUGACCAACUCGCAUCUCUUCGAUGUCGUUUUCCUGGUGGGCCAGUCCAAGCAGAAGGCGCGAUUUAUUGGAGUCCGAGCGAUCCUUGGCGUGCGAAGUCGGGUAUUCCAGGAAAUGCUGUACGGCAUUCAGACUGGCUUCGGAUCGCCGCAGAUUCCGGUGGCGGAGAUCUUCGCCCGACCAGCUCCCUCGCUCGUUUCCCCGCAGAACCAGAAGCCGAAGAGCAACAAUUACCUGACCGUUCCCGAUUCCGAUUCGAUUCGGCCCAAGAGCGUACCCUCAUCGCCGAUGGUGAAGAGGGCGUUUUCCCGACUGGGAACCAUCACGGCGGGAUGGGGUCGAUCCAUACGGAACAAGAACACCAAUCAGCUGAAUCCGGAUGAUAAGAAAAAGUGGAUUUCGUCGACAGAUUGUUCGAACAGAGACAGCAAGGACAAGGACAAGGACAAGCCGGGCAACAACCAGCUCGCCGUGCCACGCCUCUCCGUCUGCGCCGACGCCCAAAAGGUCGAUCGAGCCAAACUCGCCCAGACCGAGUUCAACAUCAUCGAGUUCGAUCCGGACACCUUCCGCGUCCUCCUCGACUACCUCCACACGGGCACCUGUCCGCUCACCUGCGUCUCCAUUCCAGGUUUGCUGUGCGCCGCGGAGCACUACGACCUGCCGGAGCUGCUGCAGGCGUGCUUCCACCACUGCAAGCAGUUCCUGCGCAUCGAGGUGGUCUGCCCGAUGCUGAUCUCGCUGGAGAACUACUACUGGCGCUACACGUCCGCCUCGGAGCUGGUCAACAUGAUCCUGUCGUUCGUGGAGAGCAAGGCGCACUCGCUGUUCAAGUGCCCCGAGUUCCUGCACCUCUCCGAGUCGAUGGUCCAGAUGAUCAUGUGCCGCGAGCUGCAGACGCCCGAGAUUCGCAAGUUCGAGGCGAUGCUCGCGUGGGCACAGCACAAGGUGGGCAAGCUGAAGAACCAUCCGAACAAGGACACACAGUUCGAGUUCGAGUGCAUCAUGGAGCGGCUGACGCGCGAUCUAAACCUGUGCAGGAUCUCGCCGAGUGAACUGCUGACCGUCGUCCUGCCCUCCAAGUCGAUGAAGAACGAACGGAUCAUGGAGACGCUGAUGGUGCAGGUCAAUCUGGGCACCUACCGCAUGCCCGAGUUGGAUGCCUACCGCCAGCAGUUGCGGCAGCAGGAGUCCGCCGAGGCCACCGUCCAGGUCCACCGGGGUGGAUGAGACAGUAAGAAUCACCACCCAGCCCCGCCCAUCGAUGCCCGUGCCUAUGCCAUGGCCUCCCUGGCCGCCGCCCUCGAAAUGCAAAACCCGCCCCGCGAUGCCGCCGACGAGGAAGUGGAGCUCUAUGCCAGCUUUGAUAAUGCCCCCAGCACGAGUCGCGUGGCCGCCCAAAUGCAGGCCGCCAAGGAGGCGCGACGCAAGAGAUGGGCGGCCGAUGGCGCCAGCGGUAGCAGCGGGGACGGCGGAUGCGCCAGCGGCAGCAGCGGCAGCGGUCGACGUUACUAAAAACCAAAAAAAGAAAAAAACGACCUGGUGUGUGUGAAUCGGAAAAAAUUUAAACCUAAAAUUCAGAAAUUCGCAUAACUAGUGGAUCAAAAAAAAUGCAAUAAACAUAAAUAUUAUUUUAUUUGGAAAUUAUAUCCUAAAGACCAGUAUGGUUCCUAAUCGUUCGGCUAGAACCCAUUGGGAAUUAUAGCCUCGCUGAGGGCUAUUUAUUUUUUCAUUGUGCAAAAUUUCCCAGCUUUCAGGAAAAACUUUUUAUUACAAAUAUAAUUAGAGUAUACAAAAAUCACAUUUUAAUGACGAAUUUCUAAAAUUUAAGGUUAACUUUUUUUAUGCAUGUAUAGCGAGUGAAUGUGAACAGUGAUUGGGAAGAUAUUGUUUUGUACCUAAUAUGAAUUUUAGAAUAAGAUUGGAAUCAAUUCUUUUAUGUUAAAUUGUUCGCCAUAAUUACGAAAAAAACAUCAUUUUAUGUUUAAUGUUCAUGAAAGCUAUGUAUAAAACAAAAACAGAAAAUCAAAUAGAAAAAAUUUAUAUAAAACUAUACAGAUACUUUCAAGCAUUUGGGUUGUAUUUAUUUACUUAUUUUAUUCAAGUAAUUUAGAUGUUAUAUUGGAAAAUAAAAAAAAAUGUUCAUAACUCAUUUCAUAAAAUUUUUUGUAGUUCCCCAAUGUUUUUCAUACCUAGAUAGGAAAUUGGUUUUGGAAAAUAUCAAAAUUUAUAUAUGUAUGUACAUAUAUAGCCCCCUAUCACUGUGUGCGUGUGUGUGUGUGUGUGUGUGUGCAUGUGCGUCUAACCCACCGCUCGAAAAAAGCGCCCGAACCAUCCAAAUCGAAACUGACAUUGUUAACUCUUACAUUCACCCCGGAAUGACAAGAGCCCCCGAUUUUUGGGGAUGCAUUGAAAGAGAGAGCGGAGGGAGACGGCGGCCCAAACCCCACCCCCCUCCCGCCCCCCUCUGAAAAAAAGCGAAAAAAAAAAAAAAAAAAAAAAAUAAUGGUAAUGGAGCCAAGGCAGAAAGCAUAAGCAUUUUCUACAAGUAUUACCCAGCAUAUAUAUAUAUAUAUAUAUAUAUAUGUGUAUGUGUACGAUUGUCCUAGGAAGGUAUGUAAACUAGUCUUUUAAGGAACCACUGUGGCAUUCGAUUUUUGAUACCCACACGAUCGAGGAAAACCAAAAACAAAAACAAAAAAAGUGAAAAAAAAAACAAAAAAGAAAACAAAAAACAAACGCUUACUGAUGUAAAACAAAGACUUAAAAACUAAAAAUGAGAAGAAACCAAAUUAAUAUGAAUAUAAAAGGUAACAAAAUUUUUUUAAUAAAUGUUAUUAAAGAAUGUAAGCAGAAAAAAAUUCCUUUCGCCCCUUUCCCUUUCCCGCUGUAAACCAUAUUUCCCAAAUGACGAAACGAAUUAGCAAACGUUACCAAAAAAAAAAAACCAAUUUAUUACCUAAGGAAAAACUAUAUGAUGUACUUAAAUGUUCAUGAGAAUUGCAAGCAUAAUCUAACUGUUUGAACGCGUGUUUUUUUUUUAUAUUGUCUGUUAAUUUGUUACUACCAAAAAGGCAUAGAAGAAUAUUAUUAAUAAGUAUCUACACUUCAAGACAAGUUGGCUUGCCAUCCUGUACAUUUAACACUGGUAAUCAUUAAAAUUACCAACGCUUGUUCAAACAAGUGAAAUGAGAGUCCAGCAAACCAGAAAAACCGAUACAUAAGUGCAAUAUCUAAGUGAAUGUUUGUGUAACCAAUAGAGUACUUUACCAAAACAAGCUAAAAACCUCUACAAAAACGGUCCCUGCAAUAGAUCAUACAGAAAUGAACAUCUGAAAUGAAAAAACAAAACACCCAAUAGGAAUUACUUCCGAUCGAUUGGAACCGAAAGAACCCAGAAAACCUGAACGAAAUUCAAUUUAGGGCUAAGGAAAUUCAAAACCAAGAAGCUCAUAGAUUAGACAAAACUAAAACACACAAUACACAUAAAACAAAUCCUGAUUAAAGGCCCCAAAAUCCCGUCUUUUAAAAGAUUAAAAAAAACAAACAAAAUAAACCAAAAGUGGUAAACAAAAUAAUGAGUCAAUCCCUUUUGUAUUUCCAAUUCCAGUUUUCAACAAAUUAAUUCUUGCGAAUCAUUUUUUACUAACAUGCAACCAAAACACUUUUUUUUAGAAAAUAUCUUGUUAAUAACUUCAGUUGCCAUUCUCGUCCCAAAGUGAAAUAAAAAGCCCAAUUUUUGAUCAAUAAAGAGUAAGCAAAGCAAAAUCUGAUGCAACAAGAAAAACUAAACGUAAACGGCAGCAUUUCCAAAAGGGUUUCACUUAAAUGUUCAAAGACGCAUAUAUCAAAAUUCAAUGUCUAAACUGUACAACCAAGUUUAUCAAGUGUCUGGCAGGUCAUACAAAUGUAAGCAUAACUCUAAGCAAUUAACAUAUUAAAUCCCUAAAGGCAAAAACAAACCGAUAACCAAAACGUAAACGUAACUAAUUAAAACGCUUUCAAUGUGUAAAAACCGAAUAACCAUAAAUGUUAAAAAAUCCAGCAAAACUAAAUGAAAAACUAACUAAAAAAAUAGAAGCGGGCAGGAAAAUUUGGAGAGCAGCAGAAACAAAUCGAAAUAAAAAACUCCUUGAAGUAUUUUGAGAACAGAGAAAUAGGUCGAGUGCCAUUCAAUUCAAAAAUAGUUAUACAAAAUGUUGUAAGUUGUUUUUUUUUUUUGUUAACUAAUCUACAAAGAAAUAGCAACAGGUUUAAAUGGGCAUAAAGCAUAGCUGUAUUUUUACCGUCGCUCUAUCGACUCAGAAUAUACCGUUUGAACUGAAUGUACUCAUCUGAUUAAUAUAUAUGUAUUUACCGCAGAUAACCGAUAUACCGAAAAGAAUAAACAAUAAGUGGCUGUUUCUAUGUGUUAGUUCCGAUCUGCCACGCCCACCGCCCCACGUCUGCCACACACAGAGACCCACGAUCAACCACCGGACGGCAGAGUGGUGCGGCUGGGUGGCUCACUUUUGAUAGCAGAUGAUAACAAAAACAAAACAAAAGCAGGCAGGAAACCAAAAAUGAAAUAUGAAAUACAAAAACCCACUCAGUGUAAAGCAAGUGACUCCUUUUGAGCUGACGAUCUACGGUCUACGAUAAACCGAUCAAGAAAUAAUUAAAACCCAAGGAAAACACAUUUGUUUAAUCAAAAAAACCAAACUCAAUUGAAGGCGGAAUAAAGCUAAAUAAAUGUUGUAAUUGCCAGAGCCAAGAAUAACAGGAAAAAAUAAAAUAAAAAAAAUAUAA